CGUCUACUGCUCGUCGAUCCCGAAAAGUACGAAAACAACAUUUUGCGACAGAAUCGGCAGCAUGAGAGGCAGUUUUCAUUUGAUGCCGCAUUUGGACCAAAUUCAUCGCAAGUGGACAUUCACGAAGCGACGACUUCUCCACUUAUAGACUGUGUAGUAGCCGGAUAUAACGCCACAGUAUUCGCUUAUGGAGCAACAGGAUCCGGUAAGACGUUCACAAUGAUAGGUACAAAAGAACGACCUGGACUGAUGAGCCUGCUAACUCAAAGUCUAUACCAGAAAAUCAGCAUGGAUCAGUACCAAGUGCAGUUAUCGUAUCUGGAAAUCUACAACGAAGUGAUUCGAGAUUUGCUAAGUCCAUCCGGAGGAGUCUUGGAUUUAAUGGAAGACGAUAAAGGAAACAUCAAAGUGCCAGGACUGUCGACAGUUCGAGCUCCUAACCUUACUCGGAUCAUGCAAAUUCUUCAAGAAGGAAAUCUAAGACGAACACAAGAGGCUACUGAAGCGAAUAAGACCUCAUCGAGAAGUCAUGCACUUCUGCAGGUUGCUUUAUUAAAGAACAAUCGGCCUCAUUCAAAACUCUUCUUAAUUGACUUGGCAGGAUCAGAACGGGCAUCAAACACGAAU